GGACGCAGGAGUGAGCAAGUGACUGGCUGAGAUUCGGGCAAGACAACGCACCGACGUUGAGUUAAGGAGUUAAGGGACGAACCAUCUUCCCAACGAUAACAACAACAACAAAAAAACACAUCAACAAGCGCUUCUGUUGUGCCGCUGGACACUGGAUAAAAACAUGCCUCUGACUAUUCUAAUGGGAAUUGUUAUUUAAAGUGCGCGAUUAACCGAAGCAGGAAAAUAUGAUGUUUGUUGAAGUAAAACAGAGGAGAAAGUUUACUCCUUUUUUUUUUUGGGAAUUGAAUGAAUAGUCCUUGUGCCUACAACAUAGCUAACUCGCAGUGCACCAAGGCCAUGAUAGACAGCCUUUGCAUACAGAUGUGUUCUCUCUCUAGCUAGCUAGCUAUCAGGUGAUAGCGCUAAACCUAAAUUACAAUAGGUAGUAACAUAACGUUUAGUCGUGACAUUUAUCUGAAAUGGCUAACUAGCUGGAUAUGUUUAAUUUUUUUGUUUUGUUUUUAUCUAACAGGCUAACUAUCUAAAAUAGCAGUUUGCCAGUUAGCUUAGCUAACUAGCUAACAAUUGGUGUUUAUUAGCUAGUUCGCUAGCUAGAAACGCUUGAAAGGAAAGCCUGAGUUGGCUAACUAAUUAGCUAGCGAGCUAGGCGAGCUACCAUAUUAACUAGCUAGUAAAUGAGACCGCUAACAAGUGAGUUGCUAGCCUAGCUAGCUAGCACUUUGUAAAAUUUUAAUAUCAGGUUAUCGCUAACUAGCUUAUAUUGGCUUUGCACUUAAAUUAGCUCGCUAACAGUAAUACGUGUUUUUUUUUCUUCUAGUUAGCAUUACCAAACCUUGCUCGAUUUGGUGUACGGUUUAGCUAGUGUUAUUAUUAUCUUAGUUUACCUCAAGCUGAUUUUUAUUUUUUUCCACCGUGCCUGGACUGACCCACCCACAAGGACUAACCGGGGGCCGAUGCUGACAAUCCAUCCCGGAUCACGGCACCGGAUCACGGCAACGUAAGGAGCCAUGCAGCCGCAACAAAUAUACGACUUUUCAAGUGACGAGAACAGUCACAAAUGGCGAGGCCUCUUCGUCCAAGCGUUGCGAAAGGUGCAGCUACAGGUGCACCCCAACCUGUCAGCCAAGGAGGGAGCUCUGCAGCACAUCGAAGAGCUGAUCCUGCAGCUGCUCAACAUGCUGUGUAUGGCCCAGCCGCGCUCUGUACAGGACGUGGAGGAGCGGGUCCAGAAGACCUUCCCCCACCCCAUAGAUAAAUGGGCCAUAGCUGACGCCCAGUCGGCCAUCGAGAAGAGGAAGAGGAGGAACCCUCUACUGCUCCCCGUCGAUAAGAUACACCCCCUACUCAAGGAGGUCCUGGGUUAUAAGAUAGACUACCACGUCUGCCUCUACAUCGUGGCGGUGCUAGAAUACAUAUCAGCUGACAUCUUGAAGCUAGCAGGAAACUACGUUGGUAACAUCAGACACUAUGAGAUCAGCCAGCAAGACAUCAAAGUGUCCAUGUGUGCAGACAAGGUCCUAAUGGACAUGUUUGACCAGGACGAGGACAUCGGUCUGGUUUCUCAGUGUACGGAGGAGCCGUCGUCGUCGGGGGAGCUGACCUACGACGACCUGGUGCGCUUGGAGAUCGCAGAGGAGCGCCAGUACCUGCGGGAGCUCGACCUCAUCAUCAAGGUGUUCCGACAUCACUUCCUGUUCAACAACAAGAUCUUUACGCCUCAGGAUGUGGAGGUGAUUUUCAGUAACAUCUUGGACAUCCAUGAGUUGACGGUCAAGCUGCUGGGCCUGAUCGAAGAUGCGGUGGAGAUGACCGCUGACGGUAGUCCACAUCCUUUGGUGGGCAGCUGCUUCGAGGACCUGGCAGAGGAACAGGCGUUUGAUCCGUACGAGACCCUGUCUCAGGAUAUCCUGUCCAGGCAGUUCCGCGAGCACUUCAGCAGCCUCAUGGCCCGGCCUACUGUAGGACUAUACUUCCAGUCCAUAGCUGAAGGUUUCAAGGAGGCGGUUCAGUACGUCCUGCCACAGCUUAUGAUGGUUCCUGUAUACCACUGUUUGCACUACUUUGAACUACUGCAGCAGCUGCAGGAGCACAGCGAGGAGCAGGAUGACAGGGAGUGUUUGAAGCAGGCCAUCACAGCUCUGCUCAACCUCCAGUGUAGCGUGGAACGCAUCUACACCAAACACCUGCCUCGACGCAAACCUGGAGAGCCCAUGUACCGUCUGUACAGCCGUCAGGUGCGCAGCAAGCAGCUGGCCAUCAAGCGGAUGAACGAGAUCCAGAAGAGCAUCGACGGCUGGGAGGGCAAGGACAUCGGCCAGUGCUGUUCCGAGUUUAUCCUGGAGGGGGCGCUCCUCCGCGCCGGCGCCAAACACGAGCGACACAACUUCCUGUUCGACGGCCUCAUGAUCAGCUGCAAGGCCAAUCAGAGCUCCCGACUCCCCGGUUCUGGAAGCGGGGCGGAGUUCCGUCUCAAGGAGAAGUUCGUCCUGCGGAAAGUCCGCAUCGUGGACCGCGAGGACUCGGCGGAGUUCAAACACGCCUUCGAACUCGCCGGUAAAGACGAGAACUGUGUGGUGUUCUGCGCCCGCUCGGCGGAGGAGAAGGGGGCGUGGAUGGCGGCGCUGGUGACCCUGCAGUACCGCUCCACGCUGGACCGUAUGUUGGACACGGUUCUGCAACACGAGGAGCAGGCCCAGCCCCUACGACUGCCCUCGCCAGAGCUAUACCGCUUCGCUGUGCAUGACUCAGAGGAGAACAUCGUGUUUGAAGAUCGCGUCCAGAGCAAGACGGGGAUACCCAUUAUUAAAGCUGGCACGGUGGUCAAGCUUAUAGAGAGGCUCACCUACCACAUGUAUGCUGAUCCCAACUUUGUGCGCACUUUUCUGACCACCUACCGGUCCUUUUGCAAGCCCCAGGAGCUCCUCGGCCUCUUGAUAGACAGGAUUGAGAUCCCAGAGCCGGAGCCCACUGAGGCAGACAAGCAGGCUCUAUGGAACGGAGAUCAGCCAAUGGCUGCAGAGCUGCAGAGGUUCCGGAGGGAGUACGUCCAACCAGUCCAACUCAGGGUCCUGAAUGUGUUCCGUCAAUGGGUGGAACAUCAUUUCUAUGACUUUGAGAACGACCCUGAGCUACGAGGCAGACUGGAGGAGUACAUCAGCAGCAUUAUACAGCUACGAGGCAAGUCUAUGAGGAAGUGGGUGGAGUCUAUCAACAAGAUAAUCAAGAGGAAGAUGCAGACUCAGUCUAACGGGGUCAGCCACAACAUCACCUUCGAGAGCCCGCCCCCGCCCAUCGAGUGGCACAUCAGCCGCCUGGGCCAGACUGACACCUUUGACCUCAUGACCCUUCACCCCAUAGAGAUCGCCCGCCAGCUCACCCUGUUGGAGUCAGAGCUAUACAGGGCUGUGAGGCCAUCUGAGCUGGUGGGGAGUGUCUGGACCAAAGAGGACAAGGAGAAUAACUCUCCCAACCUGCUGAGGAUGAUCCGUCACACCACCAACCUCACACUGUGGUUUGAGAAGUGUAUUGUGGAAGCAGAGAACCUGGAUGAGAGGGUAGCAGUGUUCACACGGGUCAUUGAGAUCCUUCAGGUGUUUCAGGAGCUCAACAACUUCAACGGUGUUCUGGAGGUGGUCUCUGCCAUCAACUCUGUCCCCGUCUACCGGCUAGAUCACACCUUCGAGGCGGUCCCCGAGAGGAAAAAGAGGAUCCUAGAGGAAGCAGUGGAACUGAGCCAGGACCAUUUCAAGAAGUACCUGGCCAAGCUCAAGUCCAUUAACCCACCCUGUGUGCCUUUCUUCGGUAUCUACUUGACCAACAUCCUGAAGACAGAGGAGGGGAACCCCGACUUCCUGAAGAGACACGGCAAAGAGCUGAUCAACUUCAGUAAGAGGAGGAAAGUAGCAGAAAUCACAGGAGAGAUACAGCAGUACCAGAACCAGCCUUACUGUCUCAAGGUCCAGCAGGACAUCAAGAGGUUUUUUGAGAACCUGAACCCGAUGGGCAGUCUGGGUGAGAAGGAGUUCUCGGACUAUCUGUUCAACAAGUCUCAGGAGAUUGAGCCUCGCAACUGCAAGCAGCCGCCACGAUUCCCCAGGAAGACCAUGUACACACUGAAGUCCCCGGGGAUCCGGCCGGUGCGUACCUCUACGUCAGGGACCCUGAAGGGUCACCCCGUACCCCUGGAGAGAGAGCCCCCCCACAAGAUCACCUUCAGGAGCAUCGCUGAGACGGAGCAUGAGAUCUCUUCCACAGCCUCGGUCCCCACCUCACCGAACACCCCCACACCCCCGCAGUCUGCAACCUCAGACCUCAUCUCUGUCUUCAUGGAGCAAGACCUCUGCAACUCCUACGGUGGAAACUCCAUAUUCGCUAAUGUUCUCCUCCCACCCUCAAAGGUCCAGUCAGUAUCUUGUGGAAGCCUUCACCAGCUAGGAGAGGACUUACUCAAACCUCCUCCACUUCCCCCACGCAGGAAGGAUGCUUUCUCUGAGACCAAGUUGAGUUCCAGGUCUGAUAGUCCUCCAGCCAUCCCCCCCAGGCUACCCCCUCCUCUCCCCAGGAUCCAGCCCCGCGUCCCGGUCUACAACGGCCCCAGCGACGGCCCCCUCUCCAGCCCCCCACUACCACCUCCCCGGGACCCCCAGCCAGACACCCCUCCACCCGUCCCCCAGAGACCCCCAGAGAUCUUCAUCAACUACCCCUUGAACCUUCAACCCUCCCCUGUCGGACGCUUCCACUGGGACUUUUGCAGCUCCCCGUCGUCCCCCGGCACGCCCCCGGGCACCCCGUCUCCCCGCGUCCCCCGACGGAGCUGCCCACUCAGCGCCAGUCAGAACAGUCUCUGCCCGCUCCCGCUGCCCAUCAUGGCGCCCCCCGUGCCCCCUCGCCACAACUCCAACUCCUCCCCCCAGCUCCCCAAACUCCCCCCAAAGACCUACAAGAGGGAGCUGUUGCCGCCCCCAUUACAGAGCCUCUCAUUGGUGGAGAACACGGACACUAGCCAAUGAGGAGCCAUCUGCUUCUUUUGUUGUUGCUAUUGUUUUUUGUUGUCAACAUGGAAGCCUUUGAGUUGCUCCACACAAUACAAACUGCAAACAAACUAUGUCCUACAUCAAACUAUGUCCUACAUCAAACUAUGUCCUACAUCAAACUAUGUCCUACAUCAAACUAUGUCCUACAUCAAACUAUGUCCUACUUGAUGACCUGGAGCGGAUAAAAACAAACAAACUAAUCGUGAUUUUAAAGCUACUGAUCGUAAAGAAGACUUAGUUUCCAACCCCGCCCACUCAUCUCCUGCCACGCCUCUCAGGAAUCAGUAGCUCCACCUUCAUGCCAAUAGAAAAUACACCACAGUGUGCCAGCCAAUGAACAAGUAGCCUCAAGACACUGAUUCAAACUCCUCCUCUCUCUGUGUGUGUGUGCGAGUGUCACAUACCUGUACACAGCACAACACACACGUCACUGUGUUUCUUUCUUGGUACAGACAUCCCACUCUGUGCUCGAGUGGACAGGACAACAAGCUAUGCUCUGGCAGUUGCCCUCCUCCUAUCCUGACAAGUAGUUUUAUGUUUUUACCCCGGGCUGUCCAGCCCGUCCUGGUCCAGUGCGGUAACCCCAUCCUCUGUGUUUCCGUUGUUCCAUUGGCACACUGUAGUGCUAGGAGCAGCAUUCACUCACUCACUCACCCAGGACGUCAGUCAGUCCUGUCUUGUGGCUCACUGACAGACAGACAGUCACUGGACCUGUUCGGACCUCACUGCUCUUUUAUGAUCAAACUUAUCAAUUGCUCUGUACUGCGGUUCUGUCUGGAGCAAGCAUGAGCAGAGUGUUUUCAGAAUCCUCUGAGUCCUCUCAACUCUUCCCAUUGUGUUCUGUUGUUCUCUACUAAACUCUUAAUUUAGUAGCCAAAGGUUUUAUUUGAUUCAGGGGGAUAACUAAGGGAUAAAAAAUUUUUUUUUUUGGGAGGAAUGAUAAGACAAACUAAAAAUGGGAUGCAAAUUAUAUUUUCAUUCAUUCAGAACUGACUGAAAAGCGUUUAGCAAAAAAAACAAAAAAAUAGUUUUUUGCUACGGUGUGCGACUAAUGAAUAAACACCCUGCUGGUCGUAGCUGCACCCUCUACUUCAGAUGUUAGCCUUUAAUCCCACAGCACUGACCUAUAACCUGAGGCAGGGAGCCAUUCAGAAUGAGGGAGAGAGACAGACGGAUGGACAGAUGGGAUGGACAGAUGGACGGUGAGUGUGUAGGGUAGGAUCCACUUGCACAUUUAGCUGGGGCAGGGCAGCAGGGACGUCUCGUUGUCUACCCUCGUCAGUCAUGUGAUGGAGAAGUCUGUCUGUGUCUGGACUAUAGAAAACGAUAAGAGGCCUCUAGUGGUCAAAAGGCUAUAUUAGCAUGGGCAGCGCCAUUGAGGGCUUCCGCCAUUUUAAAGUAGUCAAGAUUGGCAACUGGGUGGGGAUUCCUGUGAGUUGUAGCCUCAGUGGCGCUGCCCGUGCUGUCACAGACGCUAUAAUGGCGCUGAUAUAAAUAUGAGUCCUCUAUCCAUCUCUAUGGGGCUGUGAUAUAAAUGAGUCCUCUAUCUAUCUCUAUGGAGCUGCCCAUGCUGUCACAGACAUGAAUGAGUUCUCUAUCUCUAUGGAGCUGCCCAUGCUGUCAGACGCUAUAAUGGCACAGAUAUAAAUGAGUCCUCUAUCUAUCUCUAUGGAGCUGCCCAUGCUGUCACAGACAUAAAUUAGUUCUCUAUCUAUCUCUAUGGAGCGGCCCAUUCUGUCAGACGCUAUAAUGGCACAGAUAUAAAUGAGUCCUCUAUCUAUCUCUAUGGAGCUGCCCAUGCUGUCACAGACAUAAAUGAGUUCUCUAUGGAGCUGCCCAUGCUGUCAGACGCUAUAAUGGCACAGAUAUAAAUGAGUCCUCUAUCUCUAUGGAGCUGCCCACGCUGUCACAGACAUAAAUGAGUUCUCUAUCUAUCUCUAUGGAGCUGCCCAUGCUGUCACAGACAUAAAUUAGUUCUCUAUCUAUCUCUAUGGAGCUGCCCAUGCUGUCAGACGCUAUAAUGGCACAGAUAUAAAUGAGUCCUCUAUCUAUCUCUAUGGAGCUGCCCACGCUGUCACAGACAUAAAUGAGUCCUCUAUCUAUCUCUAUGGAGCUGCCCAUGCUGUCAGACGCUAUAAUGGCACAGAUAUAAAUGAGUCCUCUAUCUAUCUCUUAUGCCUGGACAAAGCCCAGAUUUAAGAAGAAGAGUAGGAUGAGUGACAACAACAUUGAGAUAUCUCUUUCUCUGGCCAGGGAGGUUAUUAGCAGCCAGACUUUUCUUUCUCCAGCUCCUUGAAGGGAUACUUUGGGAUUUUGCCCCAGUGUACUUCCCCAGAGUCAGAUUAAUUUGUGUAUACCAUUUUUUUACAUCUCUGUGUCCAGAGUGAAGGAGGUUAGAGGUAGUUUCGUGAGCCAAUGCUAACUAGCGUUAGCGCAAUGACUGGAAGUCUAUGGGUAUCUACUAGCAUGCUCUUUUUUUAAAGCUAACCUGGUCCCAGAUCUGUUUGGCCUUUUGGCCUACUCUGUUCUCUUAUAGUCAUUUGUCAUGACAAUUCCAUAUGGUGUUGGCAAGAACAGACUGGCAGCCAGGCUAGCUGAAAAGCCAAGAUGAUGUCUUAACUCAAACUAAGUGCCCCUAAAGGUUUGUGCUGCUGUCUGUCUGUCCAACACUAUCUGCAGCUCUUUUACCAUCAUCCCCACCUCAUACGCAUCAACCCCACCAAAGCCUGGAACAAAUGAACAGUUGGCUCCUCUAGUGGACAAACUGGGGACUGCUCCACAGCGCCCCUAGUGGACAGGAGGACAAACGGCUCCCCCUGAGUGGACAAACUGGGGACUGCUCCACAGCGCCCCUAGUGGACAGGAGGACAAACAGCCCCCCCCCUGAGUGGACAAACUGGGGACUGCGCCACAGCGCCCCUAGUGGACAGGAGGACAAACAGCUCCCCCUGAGUGGACAAACUGGGAACAAGGGGUUGUUUCAGAUACCUGGACUCUAUUAACCAGGUGUCACUGUCCUUCUCUCUCUCCUCUCAAAAAAAAAUGCCAUUUCAUUUUAAAAUACUGAAAUAACAUGGGUCAUGCUCAGAUGUGCCUUUUUUUAUUUCGUUUUCUUUACAGAGUAAGCGAAAGGUGUCUUUAAAUGCUAUUAAAAAAAAACUCAUCCGAUAAAUAAAUAUGGUUGGCUAUGUAAUGCUUAGAACAAAAAUAUGUACACUACAAAAGGUUUGUGGAUACUGUGCAUAUAACAUGUAUACACUAACUAAAUAAUUUGUAUAAAGUGAUUUCUCAUUCUCA